CGCUUGCUGAGUGAGCAUUGCAUGAGCUUUUCGAGCCUGAGCGAUGGCCACUUGCUGCUCAGCGCGAAUGCGAUCCACGUUGGCCGACUGAUGAUUUGUUGUAGCGUAAGAGGCUGCAUGAUGAGCGACGUGUCCAGGAUGAGGAGGAGGUACCCUUCCAUGGUAUGGAGCAUGCACGGGCGACAUCUGAGACGGAGGUUGAGAGAUUAAAUGAGUUCGUUCUUGAUACCUCGCGUGCCACUUUGCGUCUCGUUGGGCGCCUCGAGAUUGUUGAUAUCUAUCUGUAGGACGAGAAGUCUCGUAUGCUUUGACGUGAGACAGAGGAGGUGCAGGAGAUCCCGACACAUUUG